CCCAGUAGCUCAGUGCUGAACAAUGACUGGAAGAGCAAUGUGCUGACUCCUGCCCCGACCAACAGGCCCAGCUGCUUUUCAGCACCAGCAUGUAUAAAUAGGUCCGUUUACUCUGGGGUCAGGACAUCGUUUUUGUGGAGCCCCCUGUGAGCACUGAACUGCUAUUCUUUGGGGCCAGGUCAGGUAAAUCAGCAUUGAGAUACACAGUAGCAUGGCUCUGAAUAAUCCCAACCCACUGGGACCAUGGAAGAUCACAGUUUAUGACCAGGAGAACUUCCAGGGGAAGCGUUUGGAAUUUACCUCAGCCUGCCAGAACAUCAUGGAGUGUGGCGUUGACAACAUCCGCUCCCUGAAGGUGGAGUGUGGCGCCUGGGCAGGAUAUGAGCACUCCAGCUUCUGUGGACAGCAGUUUGUGUUGGAGAGAGGAGAGUAUCCUCACUGGGAGUCGUGGAGCGGCAGCAACGCCUACCACAUUGAGAGGAUGAUGUCCUUCCGCCCCAUCUGCUCUGCUAAUCACAAGGAGUCUAAGAUGAUUUUGUUUGAGAAGGAGAACUUCAUGGGACGGCAGUGGGAGAUCAAUGAUGACUAUGCCUCUCUGCAGGCCAUGGGCUGGGGCAACAACGAGAUUGGGUCUAUGCAAAUUCAGAGUGGCUCCUGGGUGUGCUACCAGUUUCCAGGUUACCGUGGUUACCAGUACAUCAUGGAGUGUGAUCGACAUGGCGGCGAGUACAAACAUUACAGAGAGUGGGGCUCCCAUGCUCAGUCCUUCCAAGUGCAGUCGCUGCGUCGGAUCCAGCAGUGAGGCCUGCAUCCUCCUCUCCCAACCUUUCACUCUUCCUCCUCCUCCACCUUCUCCCUUCACCCAGUCAUUCCAAGCUUUAGCCAGCUCUGUCAGGCCUUAGUAAACAACGGCUGACACUUCCUGGUGCUUCACAAUUAAGAUGUUUACUGCACUUUUGUUUUGUUCUGUUGCCAAAUGAAAAUAAAGAGAAAUGAGGGAAAAAUUACAGUGAGACAAAACAGACCCUGAAGAGAAGCCCCUGACUGAUGGCCCACUAAUGAGAGAAGAGGAGGAAGUUAAAGCCCUCAUGGCGCCAGGGUGGGUCAGAGUCAUUGCUCCUCAUAUUAUUGGGUAAACAUGGUGCUUCCAGUAAUCAAUAAAGAAGGAAUGGGCAACAUAAAAUAAACAGAAAUACAAG